AUGCUCGCGGACCUGCAGAAUGUGAUUUCCAAACACCAGAAUCAGAGGUUAACAUACGCCGACCUUGAUGCCAAAAGCAAUGCCCUGGCACGCGGUUUACAGUCAGUGGGUGUGGGAAAGGGAGAGCGCGUGGGAGUCAUGCUUGGGAAUUCGUCCGAGUAUGCCAUUGUGACGUAUGCAUUGUUCAAGCUCGGAGCUAUUCUGGUGCCUCUCAAUCCAUCAUUCAACGCAACACAAGUUGUUUCCGCAUUGGGUCACCUUAAGGCUGCGUAUUUGAUAGUCAGUGCUGAGUCCAACCUGCCACGAAAAGCACCUCGAAGCAAUGUUCCCCUGAUCAAGAAUCUCAUUCGAGAUCCCCAUGGUAGCCGCCUCGAGUCCGCAGAUGUUCCAUCAUUGAAGAGGGUAAUACUCGUCGACAAUUCUUCUGGAAGAGUCAACUGGUCUGACUACAAAUGCUUGACGCCAUAUUCGUCUGUGAUAUCCGACAGCACCGCGGAUGCAAGCCCACUGCCCCCUCAAGAUCUAUCGCCCUACGAUAUCGUGAACAUUCAAUUCACAUCUGGAACGACCGCCAUGCCUAAAGCAGCGUGCUUGAGUCACCGCUCUAUACUAAACAACGGCGCACAGAUCGGCAAUCGGAUGCGGUUGACCCCGGAGGACAUAGUCUGCUGUCCUCCACCUCUCUUCCACUGUUUCGGGAGUAUCCUCGGAUACAUGGCAACAGCAACCCAUGGCUCAAGCAUCGUAUUUCCGACGGAAUCAUUCAAUGCGCGUGCUACCCUUCAGGCCGUACAAGAGGAGAAAUGCACGGCACUGUACGGCGUACCCACCAUGUUCCUCGAAGAACUCGGUCUGCUGCAAGACGGCGAAGUGGCAUACGAAGGGUUCGAGUUCCUAAGAACAGGCAUCGCUGCCGGCAGCAGCAUCCCGGCAGCGCUCAUGGAGAAGCUACACAAGGUCCUCAAUCUCACGGAAUUGACCAUCUGCUACGGCAUGACAGAAACCAGCCCCGUCUCCGCCAUGACCGCAGUCGAUGACCCGAUCGACAAACGAAUCAGCUCUGUAGGCAAACUGAUGCCUCACGUUGAAGCAAAGGUUGUGGACCCCGCCGACCGAAACAAGAUCCUCCCCGUCGACACUAGCGGCGAGCUAGCUGUGUCCGGAUACCUAUUGAUGAAGGAGUACUGGAAUGAUCCGCAAAGGACCGCCGAAGUGAUGCUUGCAGACCAAGAAGGGAAGAUCUGGAUACAUACCGGAGAUGAGGCGUCCAUAUCGCCGGACGGCUAUAUCACAAUCACCGGCCGCAUCAAAGAUCUCAUCAUCCGCGGCGGCGAGAACAUCCACCCCCUAGAGAUCGAGAACUGCCUGCUUAAGUUGCCCGGCGUGGCUAACGUAUCUGUUGUCGGAGUGCCGGACGAGAGAUACGGUGAGGUCGUGGCUGCUUUCGUCAUCUGCAAGGAGCAGGACCGUGAUACUCUGACCGAGGACAAGAUUAGGGUUUGGGUCCGUGAUCGUUUGAGCAAUCACCUUGUCCCGAAAUAUAUCUUCUUUCUCUCACCGUCGGAGUCUUUCCCAAAGACUGCAAGUGGCAAGGUCCAGAAGGUCAAUUUGAAGGAGACGGCCAUCAAGCUUCUCCAUGAGCAGAAACAAUUCCAGCUAAGCUACGGAAGCAACUAG